UAGAGAAUGUGACCGGAACAAAUAUAGUUACAGAUGUGAAAUGCAUGGAAAGCAAGUUAAUCACGUUUGUUAGUGUUAAGUAAACGUCUUUAGAAUUCAGAAGUUAUCAGCAAAACGUGUUAGUCUGAUGAGGGUCUACCUACGACAUAAAACAAACUGAAAGAAGACAGCAAACGACAACUUCCGAUCGCUCCGUCAGACAUUUGAGAAGCAAGCAUUUGGAGCCGGUCUCAGUUUUAAUUUUAUGAUUCGUUUUGAAUUUGCUUUCAAGUCAUUUUUUUUCUUUUACGUGUUUUAAAAAUAUGAGAAGGUGUUGUUGCACAAGAAGCCUUUCCCAAAGAAACUGCGGGCAGACCAGAUUGUUGUGGACGUUACUUGGUUCUUGUUUUCUUUCCACAGUGUUUGGAUAUAAACCGGUGGUUGUUGUCCAUGGAUUGUUCGAUAGUUCUGCUGAUUUCACAGAUUUAAACCAGUUCAUCAAUCAGUCUCAUCCUGGCACAAACGUGUCAGUCAUUGACCUGUUUGAUCGCUCUGCCAGCCUACUGCCGUUAUGGAAACAGGUAGAGGGCUUCAAGGAGGCCAUCUAUCCCAUAAUGCAAAAUUCAGCUGAUGGGGUUAACCUCAUCUGCUACUCCCAAGGAGGGCUGAUAUGUAGAGGGAUUCUUUCUGUCCUUCCUGAUCACAAUGUUCACUCUUUCAUCUCACUCUCCUCACCUCAGGCUGGACAGUAUGGGGACACAGACUACCUGAAGUACCUCUUUCCUAAGUUCGUCAAGUCGAAUAUUUAUCGUGUCUGCUACACAUCCCUGGGCCAGAGAAUCUCCAUCUGCAACUAUUGGAAUGACCCACAUCACAGAGAAAUGUAUGUGAACAGCAGCGAUUACCUGGCACUGUUGAACAAUGAGAGACCCCAUCCCAACUCCACUGUGUGGAAAGAGAAUUUCCUGCGCAUCAAAAAGCUUGUCCUGAUUGGUGGACCAGAUGACGGCGUCAUCAUGCCAUGGCAGUCAAGUCAUUUUGGCUUCUAUGAUGACAAUGAGACAGUUGUGGAAAUGAAGUAUCAGGAUGCAUUCCUGAGAGAUUUGUUCGGACUAAAGACUUUGUAUGCUCGAGGGGAUCUGGAGAUGUGUUCAGUGCCUGGUGUGCAACAUGUGUACUGGCACUCCAACGAAACGGUUUAUAAAACCUGUAUCGAGAAAUGGCUGACAUAAAAACACACACACAAGCGCACACAUGCACAUGUAGAGAUGACUAUUUUUAAACAUAUUGUUAAUACUUUUAUAUCAUUUCAUAUGGUAUCAUCAAGCGAUAGUAAAGUUAUACCUGCAGCCUGUUACGGUGAAGCUGAUUAUCAGCAACACAAGUGCAGUUUUGCUCAUACAAAGUUUGUAUCACCUUUAGAUGACUUAGCCAUGUUUUUUGUUGGAUAUGGUUUAAGGACUGAUUUUAAGAGCAAUAAGUAAAAUUUUAUCACUUAAAUCUGAAAAAAAAAAACAUGAAAUAAGAUUAAUAGAAUUGAAUGGUUAUAGCUAUGGAUUAUGUGUCAGCAAAAUGGGUCCCAGUAGUCCAGGUUAUUGGAUUGGUAUGGCUUUCCUCUAGUGGUAAGGCAGGUCCAGCCAGACUGUGGUUUGUUCCAGUUAUAAAGCUGACCAGUCAUCCAGCCCCCUUCACCAUCUCAAAUGCUACAUAUUGCUGGUUGAAGUCCCCACAGCAAAUGAAAAUUGUAGUUCUAUUGUUAGUGUAGUUGAAAUCAUGCACUACAAUUUUAUUUUUACCUUUUAUGUUUACACUUGGUAACUGUCUCAGAGAAUGCUAUGACAGACUACAUGCAGAUAUAUAAAUGUAAGGAAUGACACAAAGGCAGAAAAUAAGAUGAAAGGUUUGAAGGAAAAUUAAAGUAGAUGAAUGGAAUGAAUGCUUGAGGACCAUGGCAAAGUGUUAAGGCAGCAUUCACAUUAAAUGUAAAAGGUGUGGCAUACGUCUUUACCACACCAUAUUUAAGCCUCAGGUGUAUGAUGGAUAGCAGUAUUAUGAUUUAUUUGUAAAGGGGAAAGAGGAUUUUUUUACGGAAGUUUAUUUUAACAGGGCUGAGUGCUCAUGUCACAGUGGGUCAAAUUCACAGAAUAUGAGAAUAGUUUUUAAAUAAACACUCAUAUUUUCAAAAGUAUAAGCUGAUGAGAAAGAGAAGAAUAAUGCACAAAACAUUAUACUAGAUGUAAUGCAUAAGGUAUUUCUGCCCCACUGAAUUAAAUUAGGGUUUUGUAUGAAAACAUCCAUCAUGCAGUAUUGUGUGGAACCCUUAAAGGGAUUCAGUGGGGAGGAGAGAGUAUCAAUUUUUACAUUCAGAAGUUGCAAAUGAUGUUUUUCUUUAACUGUUUAGCUUGGCUUAAAUUUUACUUUUAUCUUGGCAUAAAAUAAGUCACAUAGUGUUGCUUCUCAACCAACAUAUACCCCUACUGGCCAAUGAUUAUAAUGGCCAUUAGCACUAUAUUUGGUCAAUAAAAAGUUUGAGAUCUCAGUUUUGAAAAUGUUUUACAUUUUGUAGCAUGUUUGGCUCACCUGAUUGCCAUAAUACCAUAGCUGUAACAGUUAGUGUAACUUCAGGAAAGAGCCAGCUUCACUUGUAUUGCAACUUCAACUGCUACUAUGUUGCAGGUUUAGUUCACAAAUGGUAGUUUUACAAGAUAAUAGAAAACAUUGGCAUCCUUUUAAGUGAUCUGUAAUAUUGUAUGUAUUUUGAAGUGUGUUAGAUUCUGUGUUUAACCUGAAUUGAAAGGGAAUGUUUUGACGAAUACCAGAAUGUAUGCCUUAUUUUAAAGAACUCAGUGUGGGGGCGGAGAUAUGCUGUUUUAUUGUUCCAUCUAUUUAACCUGUUUUAACAGGAGGAAUUAAUAUUGUUAAUCAGUGUAAUGGGGAAUAUUUCAAGGGAUCUCUUUUAACCAAACUCCUAAUUUUUAAAUCUGGUCAGUUGCAGCAUUCAGUUAAAUCUGACUUGGUUGUUGAGUCCUCUGCUAUUUUGGGCAGGCACACAAAAUGAACAACAUUUGUAAUUUCCUCCUCUUUCAAACCAAUGUGCUUUACAAUUUUUCAUAAGAAAUUGAAUUUUUCAUCUGAAGGUCUGUGGAUAUAUUUUGAAUAUUAAAACAUCUUAUGGAACAUUGUCAAUACAAUUUUGAUCAAAUAAAAUUCUGUUUU